UGAGUGGAUCUCGGUGUCCAUUUGCGUCGCCAGAGCGUUGCAGCUUUAACCGGUCCAUCAUGCCUUGCGGUGUCCCAGUUCAGUUCCGAUGCAAUUUACAACAAGCUCUGUGGUCCUCCCUCGCUGAUGAUCAGAGCAGAAAGCAAACCGGCAGAGCGGCAGAUGUUGAGAGCCCCAUGUCGGAUGUCCAAUGACCGGACGGACGCAUGUUUACAUUCAUAAAGGCGGGGAUGCACCCACAGAUCUGAUGCAGGCGCGGAGCAGCGCGGAUAAACAGAAUCUCCCGCAUGUAACCCGCAUAACAUGCAGCGGAAAGUACCGGAUUUGAACCCGGAGAGAAAUACUGAGGCUACCGCACAACAGGAGAGUUUCAAAUGCUCUGACACACAGUGAUCGACUGCUGAAAACAGGAUGGACAGUUAAACAUUAUUAGUACCCCCUUGUGGUAUGGAGGAAUGAGGGCCUCUGGAUGAAGGCCAUGGAGCUGAAAGUGUGGGUGGACGGAGUGCAGCGCAUCGUGUGCGGGGUCACGGAGUUCACCACAUGCCAGGAAGUAGUCAUUGCUUUGGCACAAGCCAUUGGACGCACUGGCAGGUAUACUUUGAUCGAGAAAUGGCGUGAGACAGAACGUCACCUGGCUCCACAUGAAAACCCUGUAGUGUCCCUUAACAAGUGGGGUCAGUAUGCCAGCGAUGUCCAGCUCAUCCUCCAACGAACCGGCCCGUCUGUUAGCGAGCGGCCCACUUUUGACGUGCAGGCUCACGUCCCAGAGCGUGGCUUCUACCGGCAGAGUCUGCCACCUCUGGCCAAGCUCCGCCCGUCAGGGACAGACCGCUCGCUUAAACGAAGGGAACCCAAACGCAAGUCUCUGACCUUCACUGGAGGGGCUAAGGGUCUGCGGGAAAUAUUUGGGAAAAGCAGAGAUGCUGAAGCCAAACAGCCCCAGCAGCGGGGUGUGAGUUUGAACCUGAGCAGGGUUGGAGGUGUUGGAGUAACUUCUGUACCUGGAAGUCCAGCCAGAGAGCUGAGCCGGCUGGUGCAGCUGCAAAGAGACAAACUCCAGGCCCUGGAGAGCCGUCUGCUGGGCUGCGAGGCCGAGCUGCAAGACUGGGACGAGGCCACCGGCAUGGCUGAUGAGGGAGAAAACUUGGAGGGGGAGCUGCUACUUUUAGAGCAGCAGGUGAGGAGGAACGAUGCAGAGAUGGAGGAGGAGGAAUUCUGGCAGAAUGAGCUGCAGAUCGAACAUGAGAGCGAGCGUCAACUGCGGCAACAGCUAGUGGAGCUGCAGGGCCGGGUACGCGACAGCGAGGCCAAGCUUUCAGAGUACCUGGCACACAUACAGAGCAUGGAGGGAGGCCUGGAGCAGGAGCGGCUGCAGCAGCAGGCCGAGCUCAACCAGAGGGUCAAUGACGAGGAGGUGCAAGACCAGCUGGAGAAAGUGAGGGCCGAGCUUGAAAUGCAGAGCCAACACACAGCGCGGCUAGAGAGCAGCUGCAGGGCGUUGGAACGCUCGCUAGGCCAUUCCAGCAAGAGAUUACAGGAGAAGGAGCAGGAGCUGGAGCAGCUGACAAAAGAGCUACGGCAGGUCAACCUGCAGCAGUUCAUUCAGCAGACUGGUACCAAGGUCACCGUGCUGCCUGCUCAACCUACAGGAGAAAACAACAACGAUGUGGACUCUGGCUCUCUGAAACGACUUGGCUCUUCUCGGCUCUUACCCAGCAACCUUCGCACUCUUCAAAGCACCGUGUCCUCCAGCUUCAACCCUGAAGGCAUCUACGUUUGACCCCUUAAACUGUGCGGGAGACAUUAUUUUAACAGAGUCAGCCUGAUGUUAGUAGGGCUGUUCAUAUGACUGGAAGGCCCCAAUAAUUUACUCCCCAAACUGCUGAAAUGCUCUUGAGCAAGGCACUGAAAGAAAGUGUGGAGGAUGUUGGCAAAGCCAUUACAGGGAGGAUGAGUGGGAUAUCACAAAGAACCAGUUCUUGCAUCUGUUUUGCAUCUUUCCUGCUCUGCCUCCUCUUUCAUCAGGACUGGGACUCACACUGAUGUCAUUAUCCAUUUGCAAACUAACAUUCAAUCUGUUAGUACUCCAAUGGGUGAGCAGUCUACUGAAAUUCAAAUUUUCGCAGAAUAAAAACAAACAAACUUCAAGCCAGCAGAUGUAUUUCUGCCAAACAGUGCAGAUGAACUUUAUUUUUAUGUUGUAAGUCAUGAACUGGAGGAUGCAAAGUUUGGACACAUCGGACAUGUAAACAUAAUCCCUGCACGAGCAUGCACAAACACUGACGCCAUACCUGUGCUAUAACCAUAGCCAUAUCUGAUUGCCUUACUCUGGUGUUUUAAAACCAGACGUCAAUAAUGUUCAAACCGAACUCAAGGUAGCUACUGAACUAUGCGCCAUAUAAAUUUGAACAUACAUACAUACAUACAAACAUACUUCAUCACUACAACUACAACAAUUCAGGUGAUAAGUCUAGGCAACUGAUGUCAGUUUAACUCAGAGUUAGUGGCUCAAUCCUUUUCUUUCACACAAGUUUGAAUCUUAUUUUAUUGUUUUUAAGCUGGAAUACAUUUGCUUCAUAUUUCCUGUGUUUGACAAAAAAGAAAAAAAUGUUUGCCUAUCAUAUCACGUAAAUAAUAAAGAGGAGAAAAUAGAUGGUGUAACCUCAUCAACUAUUGGACAUUUUUGAUGAAAUAGUUUGGCUCUAGGUUCAUUUUUAUGUCAUAUCUGGUGCAUAGCCAUUAAUCUCAUCUUUGUUUCACUUGAUCACUUUCUCCAAAAGCUCUGAAAUGUGAAAGGAGUGAGUGAUGAGAGAGGCCUUUGUGCCUGCAGUGUAAAUCCAUCUUGGAAAUACAUUAUGCCCCAUCUGACCACCGGGUGGCGACAAAACAUAUAUUAUUCAGAUGGGUGAAAGUUAACUGUGUUAAAGCUACUCCAGAUCUGAUGUUAUCUGUCUUUAUUCAUUUUCACAGGUCAGACAUGACUGUGCAUAUUGUUUUUGUUACAAAGCCUCAGCACUUUCAGUGUAUAAUCUGAGGUGCCACUUAGAUUGUUUGACGUGUUUCACUGUGUUCAUCAAGCAGGGACACACUUCUAAAAACAGUAUUACCAUCUGAUUUUUAAUGAACUAAAGAUGUCUCAUAUGAACCAAAGCUAGUGUGAAAAACUACAAUAUUUAGAUGAAUGUACUUUUUUAUAAACAUGCAACUUAUGCCCGUGAAGUAUACCAACUUGAGUCAAAUAGUAGUCGUGUUUUCAGUUUUAAUGGUUUGCUGUUGUUAUUCCAAUUCCACAAAAGUCUGGUUGUUUGCAUUUACCUAUUUUCUAGUUGAUUUCUCGCUGGGUUUCUGGGAUAAAACGGACGCAAACUGUGGAAAUGUAUGGGCUCAAAUAAGGGUCAAUACGCUUUUGAACUUGAAAUCUGUUGAAGUCUGUGGUUGUAUGUGAAACCUGUGAAAAAAGAAAAUUGUGAUUUUGUAGAAAAGACUUGCAGUUGUGAGAAUGUCUAAA